AUGAUUUAUUUAUUUCUAAUCCUCCCCCUGAUUUCACUAUCAUGUCCCUCUUCCAUCAUUCGCAUGUAUGGAUGUAGUCUGCUGAAGAGAGAGACUGUAGGGGCCCUUUUCUUUUUGGAUUAUUGCAGGGACCGUGGUCUCUUGUGGAGUGCAGAGCGAAAGGCUAAAAAAAGGGGAAGAAACCAAACAAAUAAAAAUACAUUUAGCGGUAUGAUUUCAAAGUUUUUUCGGUUGGACCCGCAGCGGCGUGAGAAACAUGAAAUCAACCCUCACGAUAUCAAAGCAUUGCGUGGGAUGGCUGCCACGCACAACAUUACCUCUGUGGCAGUUCCGCAGUAUAGGGUUCGAGAAAACUACGUAGAGUAUGUGAUUGAGUGCUCCAAGAGAAGCGUAAAAUGGCAGGUGUUUCGGCGAUACCAACAGUUUAGGGCGCUUGAUCAGAAGCUGAAACAGUUGUGUUCAAUGGGUUCCCAGUACCACUGUGAAUACGGCGUCCUCCCAGUGCUUACUGGCAGCCACUGGGCAGAAGUGACAAAUCAAUCCAUCGACCUUGUGGAGAAGCGUCGUCGGUAUCUUGAGAUUUAUCUCGAGCAGCUCCUUGUACCAAAAAAUCUGUUUUAUGUGGCCAAGACAGCGCUCUAUAAGUUCUUGCACGAGGGGGAGGUUCCAGUGCGGUGCAGGACGAAUGUUCUGCGCCCUCUCAUUGGCUUUGCGGCAGUUGAGCCGUCGCGGCGGCCGGAGAAGAGUGAAGACGAUGCCACAACUGUCGAAGAGUCACCGAAUCCGCUCGAUAUUUCCGCUGCCGGCGGCAACCUCCCCGUGACGACGACAUUUUGCACCACCCCUGAGAGAGGGGUCUCCAACUCUGUAGAGUCGUCUUCUACGAACAGGUCGAGUGGGAUGGAGGAAUACGACGACGUUCCAUCAAGGGAAGACACCGAUAACGAAGACAUCCACAUGCCACCAGCUUCACCAUUGUGUUUGCAGUGCAAUGCCGAAUUCUCAUCCAUGCUCUACCCACAUCGUUGCUUUUUGUGUAAACAACGUUUCUGCAGGAACUGUUUGCGCAAUGUGGAACUUGAAGAGGAGGUGGUUAGAGUGUGUCUACAGUGCUACGAGAACCAUGAGCGGCACAGUAAGAAGAAGCAGACGGCGAAGGAUGCCACUCCUGAAACGCCUCUUUCUCAAUUUAAAGGGGUCACGGCUGCACCGGAAAUUCUACAGCUCCACGAGGGGAACCAACUGCGGACAGAUGUCUCUUUGUCUGACUUUGAGCUCGUCACAACGCUGGGCCGUGGUACAUUUGGGAAGGUCCUCAAAGUCAUAUUCCGUGAAAACGGCCAAGUAUAUGCUAUGAAGAUUUUGAAUAAAUGCAUCAUCCACAAGCGGCGUAUGGUUGAAUACAUUAAGGAAGAAAAAGAUAUCAUGGCGUCGCUACCUUUUCAUCCGUACGUUGUGACAUGCCAUUUUGCCUUUCAGACCGAUUAUCAUUUAUUUUUUGUGUUAGACUUCCUCCCGGGCGGGGAACUGUACUCCCAUAUCUAUCCAAAGUGUACCCUUUCCCCAGUGGACGUGCGGUUAAUUAUCGCAGAGGUUGUUUUGGCUUUGGAGCACCUGCAUCGUUACGACGUUGUGCAUCGAGAUCUUAAGCCGGAGAACAUUGUGUUUGCAGCGGACGGUCAUUUGAAGUUAACAGACUUUGGACUAGCAAGAAUGAACUUUUCCCGUCAUCGUCGGUACAGCUUUGUUGGCAGCCCAGAGUACCUUGCCCCGGAGACAAUUCGAGGGGAGUGUCAGUCAAGGGCGCUGGACUGGUGGAGUGUGGGGGUAAUGAUGUACGAGAUGCUGAUGGGAUCAACGCCGUUCCACGCUGCCAACAACAACGAUGUCUGCAAUAACGUGCUGAACCGUGCUCUCGACCUCACCGCACCGUGCUUCACCCCUGAGGCUGCCUCACUGAUUCGGCAGCUCCUGCAACGUCAGCCAAAGCAACGGCUCCGAGACGCAGAGCAGAUUAAGGCGCAUCCGUACUUUGCUUCCCUCAAUUGGUCGGCGCUGGAGAAUAAAUCUCUUCCCCCACCGAUACGGCUCAACCUCGAGGGAAACGACACAAAGUACUUUAAACGGGAGUUUACAGCGGAGUGGGCAGUGAUUGCUAGGCCGCAGGAGGUGAGUCGUGCCACGUUGGAUAUGUUAAAAAAAUAUUUUAGCAAUUUUGUGCAUGUGCCCGAUGUGGGUGCGGGUGUGUCUUUGCCGUCACCAUAUUCCGGAAAGCGGGCAUCACUCCUACAAUCCAUAAAGGCGGAUGCAGAUGAGGUGUUGACUGUUCAGAGGCUGCUAGGCAUCUGGCGUCUAGUGAGGGUUGAGAUGACGACAGAUGACGGUAAAAUUGCCUAUCCGUGGGGAAGCGAAGUCUGCGGUCUUCUCGCAUACUUCCCUAAUGGUAUUUUCACCAUGCAGUUUACUCUGUCUCGUAGGCCGUACACGGGUUCCCAUUUUCCGGAACAGGCUACCGUGGAUGAACUCGUAGAGAUGUGCAACUCUUACGUCGCAAGUUUUGGGCGGUACCAGUUGAAGGCCGAGAGUAACGCUAUUGUUCACUGCCCCAAUGGUAGUCUUUUUCCAAACCCAUCAUGGAACCAACAGAAGUUCUUUGUUGAGGUAUCUAGUGAAAAAUCAGUAGGUGGUGUUGCUGCACUGAAACUUUGUACACCACAAUACAUUCUUCAGGAGGAAAAGUUGUUAGCAAGAACUGUGCUGACGUGGGAACGAGCCGAUGUUUGUUAA